UACCGGGCGGUGUCGAGUUUCACUUCCCCGACCGGGAUCAGUCCCGUUUGCUCCUGUUUUGGUUCGGAUUCGGGGAUCUGCGCGAUGCCUUUGUUGUGAAUGUGAACAAAACGGACCCUGUUGCCUUCACGGGGUUGUUUUUUCUGCCGGUCAGACGUUAAGAACGCCAAAAAUCUGAGCAAACAGAAGAAACAACGAGAUGAGGGAGGACGUUGCUCUUCGGGUUCUCCUCCUGAUCCACAUCUCUGCAGGCUGCUUCUUCACUGCAGUGUCAUGUCAGUCUGACGGCAGCAGCAGCAGCAGCGUGGUGGUGGCCGGCUACAAUGUCAGUGCCCCCGCGGGGUCAAAGAUAGUGCUCCAGUGCGUGAGCACACGCAUGGUGUGGACCAUCGACAAGGUGAUGGACAGACAGAGGGUGGUUCACUGGGACAUGUACCGGGAGGAGCCAGACUACGCCGUCGAGAGGGUGGUGGACAUGUUUUCGGCGGGGGACCAGAGGAUCUACAACUCCUACAACCAGAACAGGGUCGGCCUCAACCCCACGGCCUUCAAGGAUGGAAACUUCUCACUGGUCAUCAAAGAUGUGACCAUGAAUGACAGGGGUCUGUACUCCUGCAACCUGCACCAUCUGUACUGCCACCUGUACGAGACGGUUCGAGUCCAGCUCAAUGUGACCAAAUCCCGCCGUAAGGAACAGCGCUUCUGGGACGGACACAAGGCGGUGUACGUGGUGCUGCUGGGCAGCACGGUGGUCCUGCCCUGCGUCAACAGACGGGCCGUCUGGACAGACUGGAGCAGUGAGGAGGAGGACCAGCAGGUGGUCCACUGGGACCAUCAGUCUCCAGGGGUCCGGCACGACCAGGCCGACCGGCUGGUGGACCUGUACGCCUCCGGGGAGCAGCGUAGCUACGGGCCCCUGUUCCUCCAGAGGAAAAUGAACAUCAGCAAUCACGCGUUCUCCGUGGGAGACUUCUCGCUCGCUAUAUCGGAUCUGCAGCCUACAGACAGGGGGACGUAUUCCUGCCAUCUCCACCAUCAUUACUGCGGCCUGCACGAGAGACGAGAGUUUCAGGUCACAGUGGAGUUACCGCUGAUUCAGACAACCCAGCCCGCUCAAGCGUUGCCUAGCGAAGAAAAAGAUGCCACUAAAGCCGAGUCACCACGAGUCAUCACCGUCAUCCUUCCAGAUCAAAGACACCACUUUCUCCUGCCUCUGGGCUACGUCCUCACCUCCUUCCUGCUCCUGGCAUUCGUUAUCCUCAUCAUCAUCCUCAUCACACGCCGGCGCCGAGCCAAAGAAUUUUACCCCCAGGCAUCUGUAAGGUCAGGCAGAAGCUGCAGCAGCUCAGACGAGUUUGAGAUGGACGUCAGUGAUGUGGACGUAUGCUGCCAGGAGGAGAGAAGAUUUGACUACAAGAACAACCUGCUAAAAGAGAAGGCCCACGUGAACACGCAGCCAAAAGUCAUUGAUCUGGACAAAGAGAUGCAGAAGUUUUCCAAGUGAAAAAAGCGAGACAGAAGCUAAAUCCAAGUCACUGGCUGGUCCAGAGGCUGCGCUCCAGUCUGAACAGACUCCACAGCAAAGGAAGCCGACGCUGCAGGAAUGCUUUGCUGCGACACGCGGAAGAACUCACCGAGGCCACGCGUGGUCAAAUUGUCAGCGUUAGACACAUAUAUUUGCUUUUCAAAAAACCAAAGCAGGGACUUUUGUGCAGGGUGACCCAAGUCUGGCUUGAUUCGUUCUGGAGAAAUGUGUGCAUGAGCAGAAUUCCCAAAGUUGUGCAACAACAAAUGCAGAUAGCUUUUUGUCAUUUGAAUUAUUCUUGCUACCGUUACAAGAUGCCAUCGUUUUCCUUUUUCACUUGUUCUUCUCUCUUUGUUCUGUACUCCAAUAUUCCACUCUGUCCGGACUGAAGUGCUCUUGAAGUGUUGCUUAUGUGUAGGGUUUCUAGGAACUGAAUUCUAACUGACCAGUGACGCAGUUUGUCUUUUUUACUACACUCAUGAAUGUUUUUUUAAAGACACCAACCAGCGUUUUUCUGACAACUUUCUUAAUACCACACAGUAAAGGCGAUCAUUUAAUAUGCACUGUGGAACGUUUUGUUAUACACUUGUGUUGCAAACGACACUUGACUGUGUCAAGUUGUUGAGUUUCUUUUUCUUGUCAAGUAUCCUAUUACGUUGUGACAAUGGAAUGUAAGCCCACUAUUACGUGGAACUAUGGGCCAUUGCUUGGCUUUAUAUAUACACCUUAAUUUCAGAAUAAAUUCUACCAUUAGCUGCACUUGAAUUUCACUGUAUAAUUAUUAUAACUUUUUGGCUUAAGCACACUUUUUUUCAAUGGUUGUUGGCGUCCCCCAGUGUACAACCAGAGUUUAUUGUUGUUUUUUUGUGCUUUCCUUUGGUCACUUUUAUCAACAUUUAUUCUUACUUUUUCAUACAUCAUUUAGAUUUAACCACCAAAUGUGUUGCUGCAUUAUAAAGCUAAUAAAGUCAUUUUUUAAAACAAA